GUUUGUAAACAGUUUUACGAAUCCGGUCGCAACCUUUUUGUAGUUUUCAGCAAUCUCGACAUUUUUUUUUAGGAAUUUAAGUGAAUAUUUCCGUUAUUUAUUGUAGUAUUCAACUCAAAAUGGGAUUUUUAACGAUACUCAAGAAAAUGAAGCAAAAAGAAAAGGAAAUGCGAAUACUGUUGCUGGGUCUGGACAAUGCAGGGAAAACGACAAUCCUCAAGCGGUUCAACGGGGAACCGAUCGAUCAGAUAUCGCCGACCCUGGGGUUCAACAUAAAAACGCUGGAGUACAACAACUACACGCUGAACAUGUGGGACGUGGGUGGCCAAAAGUCGCUCCGAUCCUACUGGAGGAACUAUUUCGAGUGCACCGAUGGCCUGGUCUGGGUGGUGGACAGUACCGAUCGGAUGCGUAUGGAAUCGUGCCGGGAGGAGCUUGCCGUGCUGCUGCAGGAGGAACGACUCGCGGGAGCCACAUUGCUGGUGCUGGCCAACAAACAGGAUCUUCCCGGGGCGUUGACGGCCAACGAAAUCCGGGAAGUUCUACAGCUGGAAAAGAUCGAAACACACCAUUGGGCGAUUCACGGAGUAAGUGCCGUGACCGGGGGGAAACUGGUCGAGGCCAUCGAUUGGCUGGUGGACGAUAUUUCAAAACGAAUUUUUACGCUAGACUAGAGGAUAGCAAACGGUAAGUGAUGUAUUCCAUAAACAAUAUUUAUUUUCAAGCUUAA